AGCACUUCCUGGUGUUGGUCAAGUGGGCGGACCGAGAGGUGGAGAGAAAGAGAGAGAGAGAAGCAGCCAGGAAGCUGCAGCAGAGAGUCUGCAGGAUUGGUUUUGCCCAGCGCAGUCAGUUGUGCCUCCCCCUAUUCUUCCUCUCCACUCCUCUCCUCUCCUCCUCCUCUCCAGCUGCUGCUACAGUGCAGCCAGCCGUCCAGCGAGUGCAGCUCUCCACAGGCUGCAUCAGUCGGGCGUCCAGAGACACAUCACAGCCACCAACAGCAGUAGGGAAGGGGAGACACUAGCGCACGGAGCCAAGCCCGCAACACACACACACACACACACACACACACACACACACACACACACACACACACACACACACACACACACACACACACACACACACACACACAGAGGCAGACACUCCUCCUCUCCCGCCACACUAUUCCGCGUGGCGCCUUCACUCAUUUGCUUGUUCACUCGCUCUCUCGCUUGCUCCGGUCUUCUCCCUCGCUCCUCUCUGCUCUGCCUGAGAAUGGUCCAGCCGGUGCCUGGGGCUCUGCUGUCACGGCCUGUCUGAACACACACACAGAGACAGACACACUCAACAGACACACGGAUGCAUGCGCACAAACCCAACAGCCAUGUGAGAGAGGAAGUGCCUUCCCUCACGUCUACUGCAGCUUCCAUCCGCUUCUAAAGCCAAAGCUCCGCCCCCCCCACUUUGCCUCGCUUGCUGCCACGGUAACGCGAGCACAAGGACACCAACCACACACGUCAUCCCGGCCUGCGCAUAGAACUCACGCCCAGACCUGCACCCUCCUCCAGCUCCAGCCCCAGCUCCAGCCCUAUCAUCACCAGGCUUCCUGCCCCAAGCCUCCACCAGCCCUCCCAUACCACGCUACCCCACAAAGCCUCUCUCCUUUUGGGGCGAGCCUCUCAAUCAGUCUCCUCCGUUUCUCUGAUCUCCAUAGAUUUACAUUCAGUCACAGCCUGCAGCACUACUGUAUUCAGAAGAGCAGGAUCUGAAAUCUGGCUGCUGGAUUGUUGGUGAGAGACAAGUUGAGACAGACAGACAGGGGUAGAAAAAUUCUCUGUCAGGAUUAUUGGCUGUUGAGUGUGUUCUCCGUGCUCUAAGGGAAGGGAAUGUCCCAAUAAACAUUGUUACAAUACAUUUCACCUAUCGCCUCGACACGUUUGUUGGAAUCUUUUGGAGAAUAAGGAAGAGGAGAUUUACCUGUGUCCAACCAAAGGACACACACACACACACAGCAACACACACGUCACGCUUUAGCCCCAAUUCGGCCGGAUUACUACUUAUUUUUCGGGACUGUCUUGGUCGCCAUGGCACACAUGAGCAUGGCACACAUGCGCGACACUAAGUGGCUGACGCUGGAGGUAUGCCGAGAGUUCCAGAGAGGCACGUGUUCACGCUCCGACCAGGAAUGUAAGUUCGCCCACCCGGCCAAGAGUUGCCAGGUGGAGAACGGUCGAGUCAUCGCCUGCUUCGACUCGCUCAAGGGCCGUUGUUCCAGGGAGAACUGUAAGUACCUCCACCCUCCUGGUCACCUGAAGACCCAGCUGGAGAUCAACGGCAGGAACAAUCUGAUCCAACAGAAGAACAUGGCCAUGUUGGCCCAGCAGAUGCAGCUGGCCAACGCCAUGAUGCCCGGCACACAGCUUCAGCCUAUGGUGAAUCUCUAUGACCUGGUCCAAGACAGCAACAGGUUCAGCUUACAUCAACCUAUGUUCCCCAUGGCGCCAGGCCUGGCCACCAAUGCCAGCGCUGCGGCUUUCAACCCGUACCUGGGUCCGGUGUCACCCGGCCUGAUGCAGCCAGAGAUCAUGCCUAGCCCACAGGUCCUCAUGGCAGGCCACCCCAACCAUGGACAGGUCCCCAACGCUGCAGCCGCUGCCGCACAGAAACUCAUGAGGACAGACCGACUGGAGGUGUGUCGUGAGUACCAGCGUGGUAACUGCUCCCGGGGGGAGAACGACUGUCGCUUCUCCCACCCCUCCGACAGCACCAUGAUAGACACCAACGACAACACGGUCACCGUGUGUAUGGACUACAUCAAGGGCCGCUGCUCCAGGGAGAAGUGCAAGUACUUCCACCCUCCAGCCCACCUGCAGGCCAAGAUCAAGGCCGCCCAGCACCAGGUCAACCAGGCCACCGCCGCUGCAGCCAUGACUCAGUCGGCUGUCAAAUCACUGAAGCGACCCCUCGACGCAACCUUUGACCUGGGGAUCCCCCACAGUGUCAUGCCUCCCAUGCCCAAGCGGGCAGCCCUGGAGAAGGCUAACGGGGCUUCUGCCAUGUUCAACACUGGCAUGCUCCAGUACCAACAGGCCCUAGCCAACAUGCAGUUUCAGCAGCAGGCUGCCUUCCUCCCCUCAGGCUCAAUAUUCUGCAUGACCCCCACCACCGGUGUUGUACCCAUGAUGCACGGUGGUACGCCAGCAUCUGCAGCCACCACAUCUGCCACAAGCGUUCCCUUCGCAACCACCUCAGGCAAUCAGGACUCUUCCUUAUCAAAGUUGACUACCAAUGAGUACAUGCAAUUGAUUCCAAUCAUUUCUGCCGAUCAUCUGAGUAACCACAAGUAUCUGACUCAAAUGUAGUCAAGAACAAUCAAAUGAAUGGUUGAUGGCACCGUCCAAGCCUAAAGAGUUCAGCCUUUAUGUAAAUAGUGUUCAGAAUGUCAAGCAAUGGACUGGAGGACCAUGGGUCAUCAUCUCUCAGUCACUCUGGAAUGCUGUUCUUGUUACGCAUGCAAACAUCGGUGUGCUCGGUCGAUGCCAUGCCAUGACACACACACACACACACACACACACACACACACACACACACCACCUCCUCGUCCUCCAAGUCACCGUCCAGCUGAGAAGAGGAGUGUCUGUCUGUCUGUCUGUCUGUCUGUCCAUCUCUGCUGACAGACAGACGCUGAAUACAUUAACAGUACACCUGUGUGUUCAAACACAAAACCAUGGCACUCAAAUUAUAUAUAUAUUUUUUGCACACACAUAAGGUUGAGACUGAGGUGUUGUUGCAUCUAACCUACAUAAUACAGUGUUGGUACGUUGGUAGACCAAGACAGAAUUUUUUAUUAGCUUUGUUCUGUUUUUAAAUUAAUCGACUUAAAACAUUUGCAAACGUGCCCCUUAAAUUUGAAUUUAAAUCGGAAAGGCACAAUACAUUUUAAAAGGAAUAUUUAGGCGAAACGUCAGAGCAUGUACAGUUUUCUGUUUUUAAUAAGGCUUCUAGUUAAACUAGAUACUAAAAUGAGGGUCAGAGACAUAUGAAUGUUCUGGGUAAGAAACACACCUGUGUACCUUUGAAAGCACAGCUUUAAGCACCAUAGAGGCCAUACAUCCCAAGCCAGAGUGUUAUUUCAGCAGUGUUAUUCUGUUUACCUAAGAUAUGUGUUUUGUAUGGCUCGAGUUUUGAUUUUUACAUCAUUUCUUCAUUGUCUAUUUAAAUAAUAAGGCCCGAGGGGGUGUGGUAUAUGGCCAACAUACCACAGCUAAGGGCUGUUAUUACGCACGACGCAACGCGGAGUGCCUGGAUACAGACCUUAGCCGUGGUAUAUUGGCCAUAUACCACAAUCCCCCGAGGUGCCUUAUUGCUAUUAUAAACUGGUUACCAACGUAAUUAGAGCAGUAAAAAUAAAUGUUUUGUCAAACCCGUGGUAUAUGGUCAGAUAUACCAUGGCUGUCAGCCAAUCAGCAUUCAGGGCUCGAACCACCCAGUUUAUAAUUAAGCAAUAAGGCCCGAGGGUGUGUGGUAUAUGGCCAAUAUACCACUGCUAAGGGCUGUUCUUAUGCAUGACUUAUCACAGAGUGCCUGGAUACAGCCCUUAGCUGUGGUAUAUUGGCCAUAUACCACAACCCCCCCAGGUGCCUUAUUGAUGUUAUAAUCUGGUUAUCAAUGUAAUUAGAGCAGUAAAAAUAAAUGUUUUCUCAUACCCGUGGUAUACAGUCUAAUAUACCACGGCUGUCAACCAAUCAGUAUUCAGGGCUCGAACCACCCAGUUUAUAAUAGUAUUUUUUUUAACAUUGUACCAUUUGCUUUGUUGUUGGGGUCGUUUCCAGCCUUUUAAGUCGUCAGUCUCCUACAUCUAAAAACAGAGGUGCCUUUUCUCUUUUUAUCGAUCUGUUUUUGUUUCGCCUUUCUUUUUGUGCUUUAUUGUUGUGUUUAUCAGACGGGCUGAGCUAUGGCUCAAAUAGGAGCUCAUGGUGACUGGGGAGUUGAAAGUCCGUAGACUCUAAAGCCUGUUGAAGUGAUGUGGGAUCUACCCACUCUCCAUCAGGUGUUAAUUCCUUGUUCUCAGCCUUAAAGGUGGAGGGAUUCUAAAACUGUGUCUGCAAACCAUGUGUUGUUAAAGUAAGAAAGUCAGACUUAAAUUAGGUCAUAAGAAGAUUUGGCACUUGGUUGAGUGUUUUUGUGCUUCCCCUACCCCAUUACUCCUCUAUAGGCUAAUUUAACUUUAAUUGAGGUAAUACAGCAAAUCAUUGAUUUGAUAUUAAUCAAAAAUAAAGAAAAUCUUUCCCUUUUUGACCUGAUUUCAUCCGAUUCUGGAUACUAAAGCACAGUUGUGCUCAUGCACGAGGUGUUACUGAAGUAUAUGGCCAAAUUCAGGAAGGUUGAACACAGAAUUGGGGGAGCAGAGAAUUAAUUUCAGAACCCUUGUUUUCACAUGCCGUUAUGUUGUGUGAUUUCCUUUGUUGUUUUUUCUGUUUUGGCUGAGGUGUAAAAUCUCUUUACUGAUUGUAAUGUACUUAAUACCUAUUCAAUUGUAUCUAUUGAAGCCUUAGAUUACUGGACUGGGUCCCAACCCAAUCACAUGUACUUUCAAUCACCAUACAGGCAAUGAACACCAAUGAUAUUUUAUAGUCCGUACACAUACCGCAUGUGUUUUUGAUUUUUUUUGAUUUUUUUCUCAAGUAACAAUUUACUCUCUUAAAUUUCAUUGAACUCAUGUGUUAUGUAUUACUUAAGGAUUUGAAUAUAUUUGAAUAUUUAGUUUGUAGAUUUUUGCCUUAUUAUAUUCUACUUGACAAUAUUGUUAUAUAGCCGUUGUAGAUUGAGGUGGUAUUACAUCCAUAACUUUUUUAAACCAUAUUCAUGAUUAAUAAUAAUGUGUGGAGUCAGAUAAAGUAUUCAAAUCAUUCAUGUAGCUGGAUGUCUCUUUAGAUUGAAGAGGUUCAUUAUCAAUUAAUUUUGUUGAUCAAAGACCUUUUGAUAUUGAUACAAGGAAUGACAUUGAUUUGAUCAGUUGGUUGGUUGCCGAGGCAUCAACUCUGGCCGAAAACGAAUGUUUCAACAAGCUCCUUUUUUCUUUGAGGUCUUGUUUGAAAAUAUAUUGUGUCGAAAUGUAGAUUGUCCAUGUUUAGGGAAGAAGAAACAAGUUAUUUUCUACUUUAUCCAUUUAAAAAAAUAUAUUGUUUUAAUAUUUCUUAAGAUUGCCCUGAAUAUCAGGCCAAAAUGAACAGUGAGAUUGAUGGGUCUCUGGAGUUGGGUAAAUAGUGAGAUGAGAGGUGAAGUAGUAGACUUUGCUGAAUCGGGAAGGUCUGUAAUGCUGCAGAUGAACGAUCUUUAAACUAAGGGACGAAGGUUGACUUUUUGCACUUCUGUAUAUAGUCAAUGAACAGAGAAAAAACAUGUAUCAUAUUGAGAUAUUAUUUUGAAUAAAAAAUUCUAUAAUUAUAAGGAAUUUUGUUAGGUUAAUUUAAAACAUCUAAACUGAAAGACCAGCUAAACAAAUUUGCUUGCAAAAAGAAAAGAAAAUCGCACCAGUUUCUCAGCCAAUGCACUCAGAAAAAGCUAUGUGUUUUUUGGCUUCUUUUGUCAGUGGCUUGUAGUUUGCCAGGAAAUUCUCAAGGGGAGCUUGCACCCCAUGUUCACUCCCACUCCCCUUGUAGUUUUUUUUAAACAUAAAACAAAUAUCCUAUAUUGUCUAUAUUUCAAAUGUUGGACCAGGCCCUUCAUACCUGGACCUAUGGUACAAUGACUACAAUAAAUGAUAUUAGAAACCAUAUUAUAUUUUAGUUUGAUUUGACUGCAUGUAAAAAGAACACAAAUGUAAACAAUCUAUAUAGGUAGAUAAGGAAAAUUCAUUUUUUAUUUACUAAAUAACAUCGACAUUUGGGGAAAUGAGACUGCAGACAAGUCAUCAAUCACUUGUGAUAUAACAUUUUACCAAGAAACUCCAUGAGAUCUCAAGAAUAAAAUUUAAUGUUAACGCCAAACCACCCAAGAAAUAUUGUCUUAUCACAGUAAUAUUACUCAAGUCAACAUGGACUCACAGGACAGAUACAGCUAAUGCUACCAGAUAACUGUGCACUCAGCAGGUGAAGGCUCACCACCAUACUAAAUGAAUAGGUAAAUACUCUUUCAAAUGAAUGUAACCGUCUUCAGUCAAGGUCAACUUAUUUCUGACUCGAGGUCGCUGUAUAAGUGCUAUUGAACCAAAGCGUCACUUUCUCCAAACCAACCAGUGCUGCUUGGACAGAUUUCACUGUCUCUCGGCUUAUUAAACCAAGGUCUCUCUUCCCUGCUGGGGGCACACAGGCUUGACUGCUUAUUAUGUGUAAGUGAUCACUUACAUUUUUUUGCUUAUAGUUGCUACAGAAUAAUGUACUACUCUGUCUUCAGAUUUGUUUUAUGCACAAUCUAUUGUUGCCAUAAAUGACUCUUGCUGUUAUGAAUUAUUAAAAAAAUGAAUAAAACUAAAAACUGAUUUGCUCACGCAACUGA